CCUGUGUCCUCAGGGUCAGCUGAGUGGUGCAAAUGGGUGUGAAACCUUCUGGGCUGCACGAUGUCUUCUGCCCUGGGUCCCUUCAUGGUUGGAGACGGGCGCAGGAUGAUGGGGAUGAGUCUGUGUGGUCUGCAUCUCCAACUGAAGCGCAAAUGGUUCCUGUAGUCUGCAAGGUUUUCUGGACAUGCGUUCAUGCUCCCGCAUCCUUCGAAGGGGGUCCCUCCCAAAGUGCAUGGCUAAAUGUCCGUGGAGGUUCUCAGUCAUCCAGGCAUGGUUGUCCCAAAGGUGCUGCUUCAAGAGGCAAUUGGACUUCCUUGUUUGUCCUUUGAAGACCUGUUGCUUCUCAUCCCAGAAGCUUCUUCAGCUCUGAGUGGAAUGGUGGGGCAUGGAAGGACUGGGAAUGUCCAUAGGCAUUGCAGAUCAUUGAUAGAUGCAACACUGAGUGAGCAAAGAACUCUGAAUAUCCAGGCCCCUUGGCUACCUCAAUGAUAUGGUCCAAUUCAGGCUGAGUCAAGAACGAGGGAGAGUUAGCGCCUUCCAGCCCACUGACUCUUCGUCUGUCUUCCUCCUGCAGUUUUGUAGGAUCCUGAAUGUUGUCUUUGAUGUGGUGAAAGAUAGGCUGUUGGACACGAUGAACGUGGUCAUCCCCUUUGAGCCCUACGGGAGGCUGAAGUGUCAAAUGGCCAGCUUGCCUAGAAUGCAGAACAGCAUCUUAUGGCUAAAUCUCUUUCUUGACUUUGACAUCAAGGACCACGGUCUAAUCACCCUCCCCGACUUGGCCCCCGACAUAACCCUGCCCUCGCUGGAGAGCUAUCGCCACUGCCAGUGUGUCCACGCAGCCGUCCUCAACAUCUUCCUCUCGGUGGUCCUCAGGAUAGAACCUCAGGAGCUCAGCUGCCCGCCCGACGUGUUUUCUAGAGCUGAUGAACUACUAGCUGCUAUCUUAGCUCUGAUUCCAGAUCCACCUUCCUUCAUCUCCUUGGCCAUCCUGUAUUUCCGGAUCAGCCUCUUGCAAAGUCCCGUGAUUCACUUUGGGAACGACGUUGCCAUAGUCCAGGUUUCGGUCCAACUUGAAUUCUUCGUCAAGAACUCGGACGGCUCCACAACUUCCGUAGUCAUUUUCCAAGAGACCCUCAGCCUGACUGCGACCUUCUCGUUGACCAAAGGCUAUCUAUAUGCCUCCUUGUCCAUCUCAGGCCAUAAAGCUGUGUUGAUUUCUUCAGCUUUGGGCAUUACGGAUGUCAGCAGCCUUGAACCUCACUGGGGCAACCUGCUGGGAGAAACCUUUUUGGUUUCCGUCAACGGCUUCCUUAGCGGGGGACUCCCUCUGCCUGCCAUCCUGACUGCUGUGCUGGACAACGUCCUAAUCCGGUUUAUCGAGCACGGGCUUCUCCUGUGUAUCUGAACCAGAGGAUCAGUCCUAUGCAGAGGUCUUCUUCAGAGCAAAAAGGAAAACAGGACCCACACGGAUGAAUAUCUGACGUGGCUUUCUUGUUUGAUGCGUCUAACUUUAGUCCAAUUGUUUCUUAUUCAUGCAGAUCUUGCAAUAAAGGUUUUCCAGGACAAUCUGAAUGGUUCUUUCUUUCUAAAAAAAAGUAUAGAACUGGACACUUGGGGGUGAUGUUGAAAGCUUCAUCUCUGGUGGGUGAUUUGCACUUUUAAUUCAAAGGUACUUGGGGGGGGGUGUCCAACAGUUUUUUUCCCCCACUUGGAAUACCUCAAAAUCUUCUAAUGUGGGCUAUUUUUCCUUUGAAAAUGUUUCACUUCUCAUCCAAGAAGCUUCUUCUUCUUCUUCUUC